ACUUCGAAACGAAUAUACUUGUUUUUUAGUUCCGAACUUUUUUUUAUAUGCUUUUCUUAAAUCUUUAGUAACUUUUUGAUAAAAACAAAACCAACGUGUGAACGAGAAAUUCUUGAGAAAUGAGUGUAUAUUCCUCUGAGGAAACCGUUUCGGAGGAGUCCCUAUUGCCGCCCGGCGACAGCAAACUCGACGCUGGCUUGGCCCAAAUCGAUGCGUGUAAUUUCAAUUCGCAUCCCAUGUUAGUGUAUACGAUUGACGACACCGUUGCCAGCUGCAGCGCCGUUUGUUGCGUGGAAUGUGCCGAGCCUGAAAACUUUGAGGCUUGCUGCAAACCAAAACCGAGGCGGCGUUGUUGCCCCAAGCCCUGCCCGCGUCCCAGGUGCAAGCCGAAGGUGUGCUGUAAGCCAAGGCCCACAUGCAAGCGCAAGCCAAAGAGAUGCUGCAAGCCGAGAAAGAAGCCAUGCUGCCCCAAGCGAAAGCCACGUCCCUGCCCCAAGCGUUGCUAAAUGCAACCACAAUUGGCAGGAUUUGGGAUCUGUCUCGACUCUGUUGGCAUAUACAAAUGUGCAUGUAUGUGUGCAUGUGCUUGGAGCAAUUACUGGGAAUUGGCAUUUCAAUUUUGUGAUGUGUGUGUGUGAAUUAUAACAAGUUAUGAAAAAUUUCAAAAAA